AUCCACUUAUUUUCAACUAACCAAUCAGCGACGACCACAUAUUGGCUGUCGUAUAAAACGUGUGUUUUGAGGCAUUCAGUACUCAAAAGAUGUAUAGGUUGGUGGCGGCUUUACUUGUAUUUGGAUUUGUGUCGUGUGAUAAAGUUUUGGAGCUUAAUGAUGAUAAUUUCGACUCCGAAUUACAGUCUCGUCCGCUGACUUUGGUUAAAUUUUAUGCACCUUGGUGUGGUCAUUGCAAGCAGUUGGCUCCUGCAUUUAAGUCUGCUGCAGAUAUAAUUGCGCAAAAAUCUGACAGUGUUACUCUUGCCAAGGUGGACUGUACUGUACAUCAAAAGACAUGCACAAAAUACAAAGUUGAUGGAUAUCCUACUCUUAAAAUCUUCAGAAAUGGAAAGCUAGAUAGUGAAUAUGAGGGUCCGAGAUCUGCAGAUGGGAUCGUGAAUUACAUUUUGUCGCGGGCUGGUCCUGCAUCAAAAGAAAUCAGUGUUGCUACCGAAGUUGAGACUAUUAUUUCAGAUACUAUGCCAACAGUGGUUGCAUUUAUCAAAUCGGCCAGUGACCCCUUGGCUGCAACUUUCCUGGAUCUUGCAAAGACUAUGUUAGACGAUGCCGUGUUUUCCCACAGUCACAAUAAUAUUUUCGGGAAUUCAGGAGACAAUGAGAUCCGAGUGUAUCUGCCUAAACGCCUUAGAACUAAACUAGAGAGUGACUUCACUACCUACAAGGGAGAUCUAAGCAAGCAAAGCAUUAAGGCUUGGAUUCGCAAGAAUGGUCAUGGACGGGUUGGUUACAGGUCACCUAAGGACUCAUUUUAUUUCCGAGAUUCCAAUCUCGUUGUAAUCUACAAUAAUCAAUCCAUCGAGUCUUAUCCAACUGGUGUUAAAUAUUGGAGAAAUCGUCUUUUAAAAACCCUUAAAGAUCAAACAGAAAAGUUCAAGGAUUUAAAGUUUGCUUAUAGCUUCUCCGAUGAUUUUUCUCACGAAUUAUCUGAGUUUGGCUUAGACUCUGGCGAAUUUCCGGCUGCCCGCAUAAGAUCCUCCGAUAGUAAAAAGUAUAAACUUGACAAAUUUAGUCUUGACUCUUUUCUUCAAUUCCUACAUAAAUUCAAAGAAGGCUCACUAUCCCCUUAUCUGAAAACCGAACCACUCCCAUCAGACGAAACUGCUGCUGUCAAGAAGCUGGUUGCGCUCAACUUUAAUGAAAUAGUGAAUGAUGAGAAAAAAGACGUCAUGGUUGUAUUUCACGCACCCUGGUGUGGCCAUUGCCAGAACUUGAUGCCUAAAUAUGAGGAAGCAGCCAAGAAGCUCAAGGAUGAGUCUAAUGUGAUAUUGGCUGCAAUGGAUGCAACUGCUAAUGAUGUACCAUCACCAUAUGUAGUUAGUGGAUUCCCGACGAUAUAUUUCGUACCCAAAGCAAAGAAGUCUUCCCCUAUUCAAUAUCAGGGUGGUCGAACUACUGAGGAUAUCAUCAAAUACGUUGCACGUGAAGCCACUGACGAAUUAAGUGGUUAUGAUAGGUCAGGCAAUGAAAAGAAGAAAGAACUGUAGGACUUGAACAUAUUUUCUCACAACAUUGUAUUCUAUUUCCUCAUUUUUAUUGAUUGUUUAGUACAUUGUUACUUGUGAUCUUGGUAUAUUUCUAUGUGAAAUAUAUUUAACUGGUUUAAAAAUUUGUUUAGAUUCAUAGUUGUUAAGAGUUAUCAUCAUUCAGUGAAACUACCUUAAAUUUAUACUUCCACUAAAAAUUUGUCGAUCAAACAUUUUUCAUAUAUGAUCAGACCUUUUUGAUUUUUUUCUAUCAGUCUUUCCUAUACGAGUCAUAAAAGGCUUUAUAGAUGCUGCCAGAUAUGUGCUUGGUAGGAUGAGAUCAAUGGGACAUCGAAUGAGUAAUUUUGCGUCCUUUUUACGAUUUGCGUAAUUUGUAAUACAAAAGAAGGCAGCAAAUAGUCCGAGGUUCACAAAAAAUAGUUGAUAGACAUCAAUCUUUACAGACGCAUUUGAAUCAUUCUACUUGAGAAGUAAAUCAUAAUGCAAUGACACUAAAAUAAAUGAGGAG